GGCCGGAAGUUGUUGGUGGCUACGUUGAUUUUGAGGCACUUUAUCAUUAGAACACUGUUGGGCAAAUUUGGCCAAACGCAGGUGGAAAAAAAUGUCGUUUUGUUCCUUCUAUGGUCGGGAGGUUUACAAAGACCACUUCAAACCAGGAAUUUACGCGUGUGCAAAGUGUGACCAUCAUCUUUUCACCAGCCGCUCCAAGUUUGAACAUUCAUCUCCUUGGCCCGCCUUCACGGAGACCGUCCAUCAAGACAGCGUGGCCAAACAUCUGGAGAGACCUGGAGCCUUCAAGGUGUCAUGUGGCAAGUGUGGAAAUGGCCUCGGCCACGAGUUUGUCAACGACGGGCCCGCCAGAGGCUUGUCUCGUUUUUGAAUAUUCAGCAGCUCACUGAAGUUCAUCCCUAAAGGUGAGCAUGGGGAGCUGUGCCGUCCCUCCAAACAACACCAAGCGCAAUAGGAAGCGCUGAUGAGCGAGACAAGACCUCAACCCUUUCACGCAUUUGUGUCAUGCACGCCCACAGAGGCCCGCAGCCGGCACCCCCACCGUUCCCUACACACCCGACCGCGCGCAUAGGAGCCAAACUCCGGAUCCCACUUGGGCCGCGGAUUAGAAGAUGAGGCAUUUCCCAAACGUUAUUCAGCCCGUGUGAUGACAUGACUGUCAUUCUGUCUAAUUCCCCCUCAAACUCUUGCAAAGAUUCAGCCUGGGAAGAGGGAAGGUAAAUAACAGUUUUAAAUUGAAAAAAUAGUGCUCCUGCCCAGACUUGCUCUCUGGAAAGGCAUUUUUAUUUUUUUAUUGGCAUCAUCAAACACACAUGAAAAUUGCUCUAGUGCAGCUGCUUUCCACAGCGGUCGACGGAGGCCGGCCCAUAUUUUUGUUUAGGAGUCACAUAGCUGUUUACUUCUAUGUAUCUCCUCCUGCUUUGAGCUCAUCCCAUAAAAGGGCAGCAAACUCCUCUUUAGAAUGAAAUUGCUUCCAUACCCAAA